AUGUGUUUUGCACACUUUGUUUCCACACUUGGUUUUACUCAUAGUAAGUCUGAUCACUCUCUGUUCAUCUAUUGGCAUGGUGGUGAUAUGAACUAUCUUUUGUUAUAUGUUGGUGAUACCAUUCUCACUACGGCAUUUGAUGCUUUACGCAAGUCUAUCAUGGCCCGCCUUAGUUCAAAAUUUGCUAUGAAAAAUCUUGGACCAUUGAGGUAUUUUUUGGGAAUUGUUGUUGCUCGUUAUGCAGGUGGCUUAUUCUUAUCUCAACGUAAGUAUGCUCUUCAGAUCAUUGAGCGUGUUGGCAUGUCUUCUUGUAAACUAUCUCCUACUCCCGUGGAUAGGAAGCCCAAGAUGAGUGCUCAUGCUAGCAUACCUUAUGAGGAUCCAUUUCUUUCUCGUAGCCUUAUUAGGGCUCUUUAG